CUUUGUUCAUCUUGGUCCGCGCAACCUGACCAGGGGACAAAGAAACACCUUAAGCCACGUUUGUCUGGAACCGACACCAUACAAGAUGGUCAAGCUUCCACAAUGUGUUUGCAAACUUUCUCGGUCGGCAAUCUUAGUACACCAAUAAUCAUAAUGCCCAGAGCACGCCAAACACCACUGCAGCGAGAACGCAAACGUAUCGCCCUAGGCCUAUCAAGAGCCUGGCCAAUAACUCGUACUAACCGGCGUCCACGAGGCCUGAAUAAUGCAGGGAACUACUGCUAUAGACACGCAGCACUGCAGUGCCUCAUGCAUCUCCCGCGCUUUCUGAACUGGAUCCGCAAACACAAUGAACCGGGCGCUCAUUGGCCAUGUUCAGCUACCGAUCCAAACGCAUCCCUCAACGCGAAAGAGAGCGAGGAUCCGAUUCUAGUCAAUAUGGGAGAGCUAGCACUCGGCUGUUUCUCGUGCUUGUUGAAAACACUGGUCAAUGCUUACUGGGGCGAUGUUUCGAUCGGCACGACAGCAGAGAGAUUACCUUUGCCGUUUGACUGGUCGCAUCCGGCUAUCCAUCGUCUGCACCGGUUGGUGGAGAGGAAGUUCUGCUUCGAGCCUGAGGGAACGGCUGCUGCUUGCAAGAGCCGGAGUCUAGAGGGGGUGAGGUGGUUCAGGCGAAACGCGCGAAGGUCGAACAUGACUGGCCAGCAGGACGCAGAAGAAUUUAUCUCCCUCGUCUUCAACGGUAUUGAGUCCAGUAUAGACAUGAACGAGCGUCACGGUCCCCGGCUCAAAAGGGAGUUCGAUGCACUCUUCACUCUGUCGGAGACUUUCAACACGACGUGCUUGAACUGCGAAAGAUCUGUGAUCCGAGAGGGGACACAUGGUCUAGGUCUCCGAUUUGACGUUCUUGACGUCCUUGAUGGCGGAAAUGACACUGUUUACGAAGGCCUAGAGCGCCACCGCUUUGCCACGUACUUCAGUGAUCCCGCUAAUAUCUUUCCCUGCCCUCACGCGGAACCAUGCGAUGCACCAGAAGGUGUGGCUGCCGCCACCGAGCGCACCAUUGACGCCGCUCCAGAGUAUCUGCACCUACUUCUGAAUCGUACUGAUAUGAGGCGGAAACUGACGACUCGUGUCGAUAUACCAGACCUUCUGGAUUUGACUCCACAUAUUACCGUGCCAGAGGGCGCACGUGCGGUCCCACUGCGGUACAGACUUGUGAACGGCGUGUUUCACAGCGGCGGAAGGGUACAAAGUGGGCAUUACGUUGCUGGUGUUACCGGCGCCCCAAGCCUCGGGCGCAGUAGAAAAGUCAGGCCGACAGCAGAUGGAGAGGGCAGGGAGAGCGCUGCGCCGUACAAGUACUUCUGGGUGAACGAUUCUUCGGUAACAGGCUGGUCUGGAGGCGCUGGUGUGAACGUCAUUGCGACAGAUCCCGUGGUAAGGGGUAGUGCGUUCAAUGCAAGUUUCUUGUUUUAUGAGAGAAUCCACCAGGACGCUAAAGAACCAGAAGUGGUUGAGGAUACGGGACCGAGAAGAUCGAGGAGACUGCGAGAGAAGCAAAGAGGCGAAGACGUUUGA